UCAUUCCCCACUUUCUCUCAGCUUCAGAAGCAGCCUGCCAGGCACUGGAGCCAAAAUGAAUACUCCAGCCCCUGCCUGUGCCUGUGGCAUCGUGCUGGUCCUGCUCUCGCUGCUGACUGGACCCCAGACCACCACUGCUCAAAAGAAUGACAUCGAUAUCUACAGCCUCAUUGUGGACUCCAAGGUUUCAUCCCGAUUUGCCCACACGGUCAUCACCAGCCGGGUGGUCAACAGAGCUGAUACUAUGCAGGAGGCCACCUUCCAGAUGGAGCUGCCCAAGAAAGCCUUCAUCACCAACUUCUCCAUGAUCAUCGAUGGUGUGACCUACCCAGGGAACAUCAAGGAGAAGGCUGCAGCCCAGCAGCAGUACAGUGAGGCCGUGGCCAGGGGAGAGAGCGCUGGCCUUGUCAAGGCCACCGGGAGAAAAAUGGAGCAGUUCCAGGUAUCGGUUAGUGUGGCUCCCGCUGCCAAGGUCACCUUCGAGCUGGUGUAUGAGGAGUUGCUCAAGCGGCAUCUGGGCUUGUAUGAGCUGUUGCUGAAAGUCCGGCCCCAGCAGCUGGUCAAGCACCUGCAGAUGGACAUUCACAUCUUCGAGCCUCAGGGCAUCAGCUUUCUGGAGACAGAGAGCACCUUCCUGACCAACGAACUGGCAGAUGCCCUCACCGUCUCACAGAACAAGACCAAGGCUCACAUCCGAUUCAAGCCAACGCUCUCCCAGCAACAGAAGUCUCCAGAGCAACAGGACACAGUCGUGGAUGGAAACUUCAUCAUCCGCUAUGAUGUGAACCGGACCCUCUCUGGGGGGUCCAUUCAGAUCGAGAAUGGCUACUUUGUGCACUACUUUGCCCCUGAGGGCCUGCCCACGAUACCCAAGAAUGUGAUCUUUGUCAUUGAUAAGAGUGGCUCCAUGCAAGGCAAGAAAAUUCAGCAGACCCGAGAAGCCCUAAUCAAGAUCCUAGAUGAUCUCAGCCCCAAAGACCAGUUCAACCUAGUCAGCUUCAGUGGGGAAGCAACCCAGUGGAUGCCGUCACUGAUGCCAGCUUCGGCAGAGAACGUGGAGAAGGCCAGGAGCUACGCUUCUGGCAUCUGGGCCCAAGGAGGGACCAACAUCAAUGGCGCGAUGCUGAUGGCUGUGCAGCUGCUGGACAAAGCCAACCAGGAGGAGCUGCUGCCCUUUGGGAGCGUCUCCCUUAUCAUCCUCCUCACCGAUGGCGACCCCACCGUGGGGGAGACCAACCCUAAGAAUAUCCAGAAGAAUGUGCAGGAUGCCAUAGACGGCCAGUAUAGCCUCUUCUGCCUGGGCUUCGGCUUUGAUGUCAGCUAUGCCUUCCUGGAGAAGCUGGCACUGGACAAUGGUGGCCUGGCUCGGCGCAUCUAUGAGGACUCGGACUCUGCCCUGCAGCUCCAGGACUUCUACCAGGAGGUGGCCAACCCACUGCUGACAGCGGUGGCCUUUGAGUACCCAAGCAACACCGUGGAGGAGGUCACACAGGACAACUUCCAGCUGCUCUUCAAGGGCUCUGAGAUGGUGGUGGCUGGGAAGCUCCGGGACCAGGGCCCUGACGUGCUCACAGCCAAAGUCAACGGGCAUCUGCUCAUGCAGAACAUCACCUUCCAAACGGAGGCCAAGGUGGCAGAGCAGGAGAAGGAGUUCCAGAGCCCCAAGUACAUCUUCCACAACUUCAUGGAGAGGCUCUGGGCGUACCUGACCAUCCAGCAACUGCUGGAGAAAAUAGUUUCCGCAUCAGAUGCUGAGAAGCAGGCCCUCGAAACUCGAGCUCUGGGCUUGUCACUCAACUACAGCUUUGUCACCCCCCUCACAUCCAUGGUAAUCACCAAACCUGAAGGCCAAGAAGAGUCUCAAGUUGCUGAGAAGCCCGUGGAAAAUGAAAACAGACACAGGGACAUCCCCUCAGGUCAUGCUGUCCUCAGAUCUCAGGCCAUGGGAAACAGAAAGUUCAGAAAAACAGGAAGCGGCUCUGCAGACUCUUGGCUCGCUAACAGAGGAGGCUUUGGAAGACAAGUGGGUCUCAGAGCCAUGGCUGUGGGGACCCAUGACACUGCCCAAAAGAAGAAUGCAGGAGUUAACUUUUCUAAAGCUGGAGCUCCUGGGAAGAUACCCAGUUUAUCAAGAUAUAAGUCACCUGGACCUGUUCAUUAUCGUCAUCUUCCUUCUCAUCCAGUCUAUGAUAUGUCCCCGGUUCUGAUGGGAGCAGACUUUGGGCCCUCUUUGGAAUCAGCCCCCGCUGGUCCCGAUGGAGUAUUUUAUGACAUGGAUUUAAGAAUCACAGAAAUAACCAUGACAGCCCCACCCCCAGGAACCUCACCUGCUGUCCCAGCCCCCAUCCAGGCUCCUUCUGUCAUCCUGCCUCUGCCUGGGCAGAGUGUGGACCAGCUCUGUGUGGACAUCAAGCAUUCUCAGGGGCCAAUGAACCUGCUCUCAGACCCUGACCAAGGGGUUGAGGUGACUGGCCAGUAUGAGAUGGAGAAGGCCCAGUUUUCGUGGAUUGAGGUGACCUUCAAAAACCUCCAGCUGCAAGUCCGCGCGUCCCCUGAGCACGUGGUCGUGACUCGGAACCGAAGAAACUCUGUGUACAAGUGGAAGGAGACACUGUUCUCGGUGAUGCCCGGCCUCAAGAUGACCAUGGACGAGGCAGGGCUUCUGCUGCUCAGCAGCCCAGACAGAGUGACCAUUGGCCUGCUGUUCUGGGAUGGCCCUGGGCAGGGGCUCCGGCUCCUUCUGCGGGACACUGACCGCUUCUCCAGCCAUGUCAGCGGAACCCUUGGCCAGUUUUACCAGGACCUGCUCUGGGAGCCCCCAGCAGCAGAUGAUGACAGCAAGCGAACACUGAGUGUUCAGGGGCAUGACCACUCUGCCACCAGAGAACUCAAGCUGGAUUACCAAGAGAAGGCCCCAGGAACAGAGAUUUCCUGCUGGUCUGUGGAGCUGUAGUUCUCAUGGGAGGAGUUACGCCUACUCUACUCCCCAUGCCGCCUCACUGUGUGCAGAUGGCUGUCAUCUUAUGGAGCCUGGACUGUGAAGGGGAGAGGAGUUCCACUCAUUACAAAUAAAGAAAGGUGGUAUGAGCCUAA